UUUCUUCCUUCAGUCGUAAUGGCGAUCCCGUUGCAGGUGGAGUGUGUUUGUGUUUAGUGCGCGUUUCGUUCCAUCCGAUUUGCUGGUGUUAAAUUUUUUUUUCUGUUCGGUCGUGGAGAAAACAAUCAGGAAAAGUUAAAACCUCCCACUGCGAUAUCCAAUCUACGCGAGUGCAAUUAUUAGUUUAGCCUAACGCCCGAAAUUGUACGUAAAAUUACUGCAAAGUAGUGAUUCAGAUUCUGCAGAAAAAAAACGCAAAAACUUUGCUUCAAAGUACGAGAAAAAAAAAUCGGCAUUCGAUUUAUUGGAUUUCACAGCGUUGUGCGAAAGAAAAGGAGUAUGCUGUUGAAAUUUAGUUUCAUUCUACCUUUUUCUCAAGGUUGAGAAUUUUCGAUUCAUUUGUGGUGCAAAAAAGCGUGCUUUUGGUAGGUGAUGCUAGUGCACGAUUCAUAUUACGGUCAACUAAAACAGGAAAAGUUUAGGUCCAGUGAUUAAUUCGUUGAAAUAGAAGCGUCCCCGGCGACUGAAUAGAUGUCAUCGCGGAAGUGAAAACAAAAAAGAAGUGAUCAACUACUGUUCAUCGCAGUUUGGCUCGCAGCGGUCAUAAAACCAGCAAAGAAAGAAGCAAAUCCCCGUGCACGAUUGUGUCAAUAACCGUGUCGAAUCGAGCUACCGAACCGAUCCAACAGCCAUGCUUCCCACGUACCAACGGAUCAGUGGAAACCAGCAGUCAAAUCCGCUACUGCCGAUACGGCGUUCCUUUCGGUCAAGCGAAAAGUGCCUGAUUCUGUUGGUGCUGCUGACGUUUGGAUUCGUCUGCUUCGGAGGGUUCUUUUUUCUGCCGGAUAAUUUCGGUGCCGAGCGUGUAUUGAAAGUUUACAAACAGUUUCAGCGAGCCGGACCGGAAAUAUUCAUCCCACCGCCACCGCCGGCCCACGGCUUGGACGGGGAUGAAGAUCUCCACAAGCUGAGCGAUCGGGAAAAACUACAGGAAAAGAUUCAAAAGGAACUACCGGAUGAUUUCCUGGAAAAGCCCGAUCUGGAUCUCGGUCGAACUAGUGGACCAGAAUUUGAUAAUGUUCUCGACUCGGGCCCGCAGGCACCGAUUGGACCGAUUGCCGGUGGACCAGCCGGGGUAGUAGCACCACCGCAAAUCGCAGACGAACCGGAAAUCAAAAGCCCGUCCAAAUCGUCCACCGGAAGCGUCAGUUCGAACACAUUCAAUGCACUCGUCGGUGAAGAUCCGGACCCUCUCGUGCGCGAAAAGCGAAACAAAGUAAAAGAGAUGAUGAUACACGCCUGGGACAGCUACAAACUGUACGCCUGGGGCAAGAACGAGCUGAAACCGAUCAGCAAACGGGGCCACUCCGGCAGCAUAUUCGGGGCGUUCGAUCUCGGAGCGACCAUCGUGGACGGUCUCGAUACGUUGUACCUGAUGGGUUUGCACAAGGAGUUCGACGAGGGACGCGACUGGAUCGAGCGAAAAUUUACGCUGGACGGAGUCGGCAUCGACCUUUCGGUGUUCGAAACGAACAUCCGAUUUAUCGGAGGAUUCCUGACAUGCUACGCAUUUACCGGCGAUCGGUUGUUCCUGGAGAAGGCCAAAUACGUCGCGGAUAAACUGCUGCCGGCAUUUCAGACUCCAACCGGAAUCCCGUACGCUCUAGUCAACGUAAACAACGGGCCCCAAACCUUGCUCGAGCGGGUAAUCAGCCAUGUAGAAAUAUUUUUUGUCAAUCUGUUCUACAAGAUCAGCAAAAACUACGGCUGGGCCAGCGGUGGCAGUAGCAUCCUGUCCGAGUUCGGCACACUGCACCUGGAGUUCUCCUACCUGAGUGACGUAACAGGCAAUUCUGUCUACCGGGAACGGGUCCAGGCAAUUCGUUCGGUGCUGAAGGACAUCGAAAAACCCAAGGGACUAUACCCGAACUAUCUGAACCCGAAAACGGGCAAAUGGGGCCAACAGCAUAUGUCUCUCGGUGCCCUCGGGGACAGUUUCUACGAGUAUCUGCUAAAGGCGUGGAUCCAGUCGGGCCACGAGGACAAUGAAGCUCGCGAAAUGUUUGACGAUGCGAUGCAGGCCAUUAUUCAGCACAUGAUCAGGACCAGUCCCGGAGGGUUGACGUACGUUUCAGACUUGAAGUUUGAACGGUUGGAACACAAGAUGGAUCACUUGGCUUGUUUUGCAGGGGGUCUAUUCGGUCUCGGUGCAACAACGCUGUCGAACCAGUACUCGGACAAGUACAUGGAAAUCGGAGAAGGUAUCACCAAUACUUGCCACGAAAGUUACGUCCGAACAUACACUAGAUUGGGACCAGAAGCAUUCCGUUUCAACGACGGAGUUGAAGCCAAAGCACUCAAAACGGGGGAGAAAUACUACAUUCUACGGCCGGAAACAUUCGAGAGUUACUUCGUCAUGUGGAGAUUGACGCACGAUCAGAAGUAUCGUGACUGGGGAUGGGAUGCCGUGCAGGCACUGGAAAAUCACUGUAGAACACCAAACGGUUUUACCGGGUUGAAAAACGUUUAUCUGACAGAUCCACAAAAGGACGACGUACAACAAAGUUUCUUCCUGGCGGAAACACUUAAGUACCUUUACCUUCUUUUCUCGGACGAUUCCCUGUUGCCACUGGACGAAUGGGUCUUCAACACGGAGGCACAUCCUCUGCCCGUCAAGGGACAUAAUGCUCUAUUCCGAGCGGCAGCUACCUCUAGCUCACCUUAAAUCUAUCCCGGCGCACACUACACCGCCACAAACACCACUACUAUUCCUACUACGACCAGCGACUAUUCGACACCGACAGAAUAGUUAAUAAUUAACUUUUGCCACAGUCUGCCGGGUGGUCCGGAGUAUGCGUGAGCUUGUAUUUGAUGCGAAUUGAGUGUGUGUGUGCGUGGGUGUGGGUAGACAUUCGUGACCAAGAUCUUCCUCGAUUGUUUGGAGGGAGCGAUUCCUUACUAUUUAAAAACAAGAAGAAAAAAAACUAGCCAGUUUGACUGUAAUUUGCUGUGUGCGCGUGAGGUGGUAAACUGCAAGAAAAGUCUUUUUUUGUGUAUGAUGAAAAAUACAACCCUAACGCGAACGGGUUGACUUUGUUUUGAAUGAUCGUAGUUAAUUAUAUAGAAAAGAUUUAUAUAUAAAACAUUAUAUGUGAUGAAACCCACUAAUUUAUCGGAAACGACAAUUGUUCUGUACAGAAUAUAACUGAUAUUAGUUGAAGCUAGACGAAUGAAUAAACCGGUACGACUUUUACGACUAAUUCUUCCAACUUUUUCGAAAUAAUCUAGAGGACCUUUGAAAUGCACAUCUAACCUAGCAAGCACACCUACACGUAACACCAGGGAGCCCACCAAAAUUUUACAUAAAGGAUAAUUUUCUCGUUGGUACAACUGGGGGACUUAUAGGAAUUUCCUUAAAACGAUUUCGAAGUUGCUCGAUUGAGUGUUCCUGUUCUGUUUGUCAGCGUUCAACUCGUUUCAGCUAGAAAAGUGAAUGCCAAAAAUUCUACCUUCGGGUAGAUACCACCGAACUAUAAGAGACUAUAGUUUUGCGAAUUUUAAUUCUGGAUUUAAUUUCCAACGACAAUUCUGAUUUCCGUAUUCAAUUUUCCGAAGAUAAAUCCGUCCUAUUGCCGAGUUCAAUCAAUGUUGGAAAUUGGUUGGUGGAUAUUUUCACCCAAACUCUCAGCUCUUUGACUUUGACUGGAAAAAAUUUACAUCCGAAAAAAAAAACAUUUUCAAAGUAAUGAAUUUUGUUAUGUCUUUGUUCAUGCUCUACCUUGUUAUCAAGAAGUGAGUAUUGUUUCGUUUUCUUUUGACUAUUUUUACAUUAAAUACAGUUUCGUUCAGUUCGUUGAAAGAAAUAGGCAAUCUACAGUAUCAAUUUCUAUGCUCCAAUGAAGUAAACCUGCACUAGUAUCAAACGGAUUAACCUGAGAGUGAGAGAGAGAGAAAAAUCUUUUAGAGAAACUUCCCAUCCCAUUAAAAAAAAUACUGAACUACCAGAAUAUGCAACAGUGCCAAAUUUAGCGAAGUACCAACCGAAUUUCAGUUUUUCUUUCAGUCGAAACAGUUUUCCUGCUAUCCACUAAAUGACUUACGGUUUUCGUCGGCCUGUAGAGUCAAACAUAAGAAUUGCUAAUCAUAAUUCUUAGGACCAGUCGGGCUGAGUUCUGGAAAUGUAUAUCGAUAAUAUUUAUUACUCACGAGAGCUUAAUCGGGUAGAUCCUACGUAUAUGAUGGUCAAAUGCAAUUUUCUCCCGUAGAUAGAUAGAUUCGCUUUGAUUUACAGCAUUCAGUCUAUAACAAACUUUAUUCAUUUUAUUGCAAGCAUUCGAAAUUUGACUAAUUUCUCCCUUGUGUUAAUUGCUCUACCUCUACUAGAACGUUUUAGUGAACGUUUUAAUGCAUUUAUGUCCAUUGAAAAACAUUCAAAAUUUUACUCUAAUCUAUAAAAAAAUCUGAUUUUAGUUACAGAAACUAAAAUGCUUGCGAAAAACAGGAGAACACUGUUUGGGAAAACGGAGAGGAGAGGGUUCACUCGUUUCACGAUUCUCUAACUUUGUAAAUAAUCUGUUAUAAAUUAAUGUUAAUGCAACAAAGAAAAUGAAUCGAUUACAAGAACGGAUAUGAUGGCAGUUGGAGUGCUACUCACAUUUAACGGAAAGAAAAGACUUUCCACAAUAAAGCUUUGCAAGUGGUAGCUAAAAAUAAACAUAUAUUACUGAACUCUGUAGGGCAUCACGAACCAACAUUAAAUGUUUGUUUAGGAUACAAAAAAAAAUAAGCAAAUAUAGUACAUAACUGGAAUUUCCGUUAGCACCAAUUUUCCGAUAUAACACAAAUAUAAAAACUAAUUCAAAUCUAAACGGAAUGAGUCAGAUAAUCAAUGUAUUAUUACCAGAUGAAAAACCAUUCUGAAAUGUUGAUAGUUAGCACUAUAUACCGGUAGAAGCAGUUUAGUAGAAUUGAAAAGGAAUAUAAAUCAACUACUACCGCGUUUCCAUAUUGUUGCACUUCGUAGUAGUAGGGAACUGAAUUAAAGUACUCGGUAUACAUAUAUUAAACCAAACAACCACAAACCUAAUGAUCGCAUUUUAUUUUAACUCAGCUGUGACAGGAAAGAAAAAAUAGUAAUGUGAAAAAACAAAUGUGCGUGUUUGAAAAUGUACGGAUAAAAUUGUUCAGUCGAACACAGAAGCGUGUAAUAAACUGUCAUUUUAUAAAAUAA